GCAAAUAAAAAGCUCUAUACAAAACACAAGGGAUUUCUCGCAAUUCUUUAUUUCACCGUGACGGGUAUACAUUGACCCCGCAACUGAGCAGAGGCAAAGAACCAGCGAUAUCACGAGCACCUUACAUCGCAUUCUACUUACCUAUCUACGUAGAUAGUGAUGGAGGACCUGAGAAACUCCAGCUUCCUGAACAACCCUGAUCCCAGCGAUCCGGUGUUCCAUGCUUGCUGGGGUCGACAGUCGUGUUCAAGCUGCCUGACUGGCGAUAUUGCCUGCAGCUGGUGUGCUAUAUCCUCGACCUGUGUUCCUAACCCAUCGCUGGUUCCGAUAUUUGCGCCUUUCGGCUCCGAAAAUAUCUGCCCUCUUGGCUCCAAGGAGAGAUGGGAGCUGAGAGCUACACCAUUUGGGUGCCAUGCUAGUACCUUGACUGUUCUGUCAGUAAUAGUUUCUGUGCUUGGGACGCUGGCGUUAGGCAUAGUAGGGGUUGGAUUGGUGUGGCUUGUGCGUUGGACCCGGUGGCGUUGGAAGGAGGUAGAGUAUGAGCAGCCUGAUGAGGAAGGGCAGGGGUCAUCUAGAUGGCGAAGUUGGGGUUUGGGGCUUGCGUCCUUUGUUGGUCUCUUCCCUCAAUGGAGUCGGACGGAGGGUCAGAGUGAAGUCGAAGGGGAAGAAGCGGAGACAAGGCCGCUGUUGGAGUAGGCUCAAAAGCGAGGUGAUGAUUGUUAUAUUUAUGUCUACGAGCAGAACAUGAAAUGCACCCAAUGUCUUGGAAAUACA